GCUACUUGCUGAAGUACAGUUCACUUCACACUGAACUGGUUGUGCUCUCCUGCUUUUUAGAUACAAGAGUUGCCUUUUUUUUCUUUAAUUAUAGAAUUUGAGAGUCAGAUAUCAGUUAAAGGGAAGGGAAGAGAGGGAAGAAGGUUCGUGGGCUACCCUAGGCUCCAAUAAUGGAGGAAGAAAUCAACUAUGAUUCCCAGACAAUGAACAUCCCCAGAAGGAGACGCUGGUACACUCACCUGUGGCGUUCAUGUCUGGGUCUUAGAUGCAUGCAUCCUCAGAAAAAGAAGAAAUAUCCCCUCUACUUGAUUGGCUAUGAUCCUAUAGGCCCAUUACAACGAGCGGCCAGCGUGGGUGACCUUGAUACAACAGAGAAGUUAAUCCACUCCAGUCAACAUCAUGUGGAUGAAUCUGAUAGGAGGAAAAGGACUUCGCUGCAUUAUGCAUGUGCCCACAACCAUCCAGACGUGGUGACACUAUUAUUAGAAAAUAAUUCCAGCAUUAACAUCCGGGAUGAUGAAGGCUGCACACCCUUGAUUAAGGCCACCCAACGAGACAAUGUGGAUUGUGCUUCCGUAUUGCUCACCCACAAUGCGGAUCCAAAUCUGAUAGAUUCCAGUGGGAACACAGCCUUCCACCAUGCUAUAUCCAGGGGUAACAUAAGGAUUGUAAAAAUGCUCCUUGAGCACAACGUAGACAUUGAAGCCAAAACAGAGUAUGGCUUGACACCAUUGCAACUUGCAACAUUUGAACAGAAACCUGAAAUGGUAGAAUUUUUAGCAGCAAAGUGUGCAAAAAGCUCAGUGACCCCCUCCUGGUCACCCAGUCCCACAGUCUCUCCCUGCCCCUCCUCCACUUCACCUCUGAGCAGUUUGGGACUCCCUGUAUGUCCAAACCCUGGCACUUCUUCUCUCUCUGAGGACAGAAAAAGUAGCUCAGCUAGAAGAAUAAAACUGAGUACUGGAUCGUCAGCUCAGAGAACUGAAGUGAAGCAUGUCAGGUUCAAUGAAGAAGUCUUAUACUUUAAAGAGGAAAGGCCUUUGUCCUGUGAAGCAAGACCACCAAGACAGCUUAAAUCUAUCUUGAAAAACACUGUCCAGUAUAAUACAGUUAAUGAGAAAAUUACAAGAAGAACAUCACUGUGGUGUUCAAAAGCAGAAGAUGUCAGGUAUACUUCCUGUAUCAAGGUAAAAUGCUUCUCUGUGAAAUCAAGUUUCUUAUGAAUUGUCUUAAUUCAGCAGUAGUCUAACUAUCCCAGUUUUAUAUGGAAAAGGUGAUUCAGAGAAAACCAUAUUGUAGAUGUGGAUCUUUCUAUCAAUUGCAAGUGAGCAGUAAGUCCUUAUGGGUAGUAGUGGCCCAAUAUGAGAAUGGACUCAAGAGACAUAGGGAGUGAAGACUGAGUGCAGUUCUCACAUAAUAGAAGGUGUUUGAUGUUUGACAAAGUAAUGUUUGCAGAAAUGAAUACACAUUAGACUGACUUAAAAAUGUGACCGUGAUAAUAGACCAGAAUACCAUUUAGUAAGUCCAGAUAUUUCAAUGAUCCAGCAAUCUCCAAAGUGCCUUUACCCCCAGCAGAAUGCCCAUAAGUUUUAUCUACCCUUGGGCACUCCUAUUUCAGGAUCAUAUAUGAGAGCCUCUCUUUGGUUUCUCUCUUUCAUCUGUUUUUAGACUGAGAAGAAAUUGUGGAUAUUUAGCAAUUAUGUUCAUCAAAUUUGCCUUAUGAAGAGAUUAGAGCAUUUUCUAUUUGAUUCUUAUAAGGGUAUGUUGAAAGUUCUUCAUCUAGUUAAACAAUAACUGUCCUUCCCCAGUUAGCCAGCAUUUCUAGAAGCAGAGAGUCAAUUGCUAUAUACAUCCAUAUAAGUUCUUCUUUUUCUUAUUUUUGAAAUAUACAUGUAUAUUCUUUGUGCCAUAUUCAAACACUUAAAAUAUUGUAGUAUUUUAUUUAGAUACAUCCAUAUUCAGUAUGAGGCUACUUAAUCACUAUGAGAUACUGGAGUUUAGGAAACUUGUUUCUGUAUAACCUCUAGCCCUAGAGUGAGGGGAUGUGUGACUGAUAAGUGACAUUUUAAUGAUUUUUGAAUGUGACUAAGUGAUCCAAUGUGUUUCUAUAAAGUAGUUCCACAGGUACUAUGAUAAGGAUAGCAGUGGCAAUUUAACUGGCAUUUAUUUAAAAUGGUAAACUGUGCAUUUUGUUCCCCCCAGCAAUGGAGGAGAAAGAAUGCCAAAAGAGGUUUUAGCAAUGUUAAUGAUCAUCUUAUAUAAGAUGGAGAAAAUUUGGCACAUAAUGAAUUAAGCUUAGUCUCAACCCGGAAGAACAAUAUCCUGUUUCUCAUUUCAUGAUUUUCUCUUAAUCUAGUCUAGCCUAAAUAUUUUUACAUCUUGAUGAUAUCCUAGCAAUUUGAAAAUAGAUAAGCGUAUUAGAAAAUAUUUCAUGUUUAAUUACAGUUUUUAUUUUUUAUGUGUCAAUACCCCAUGAUUACUAAGAAGUAAAGUUGAUUUGAAAGCAUGCACCCC